AUGAAGGAAACAGCCGCCACUCCAGUGCCACAACCGCCGUCGACGUCGCUGCGCUUUCACCGUUGUGCGUCGCUCCUUUGGCUCCCAAUAUCGCUUUGCUUGGAGUUCGCCUCGGAAGCACGUGGGAGGGAGUUGGAUUCGAAAGCCAUUAGUUGUGCCCCCAGCAGCAGCAGUGCCACUGCCACCGCUCCCGCAAAGGAUGUAGUGCGUUCCUUGGAUGCAGCAAGUGGCUUUGAGCGGCGCAUGCUGCAGGAGAUGUUGAAGAAUCCUUUUGUGCCUAUGCGCUCCCUCCGCGGCGUCUUUCCUGCCGCCACGGAGUACUACAGGGAGGACGCCCUGCUUGAGAUGCGCAUUCACGUUGCCUCUGAUGUCAGCUCGAUUGCUGCCUCACCAUGGGCAGAGAUGGAGGCCCACAGAAGCGUUGCCGCUGUGAUAGCCGUUCUCAACUGCCACGACCACGAGCCUUGUCAAGCCCUCGCGGCAGUGAAGUUGGUGUUUCGACGGCACUUUAAGGGGUGUACGUGUCGCUGUAUAGUAUUGGAUCCGACCGCGGAGGUGCAGGCGUUGAUGUCGCAACACGUCUUUAUUCCCGCCCACACCUGCACGCCGGUGCAGGAGGUGGCAAGGUGCCUCUUGACAGAGAUUGCCCUGCCCAUUGUGCAGCAGGUGAAUGCCCACAUCAUCUCCCUUACAACCCCAGUGGGCACGGCGGCAACUGCGCCACAGCCCGCUUCUGAGGAUGUUGAGAAAAAAGGUGGAGGUGGUGAGUUUGUGAAAAGCCGUGUUUCACACUCCCGUUUGGCAAAGAAAAAGGGGGAUCUGCUCUUACGUUUGGGCGCACUAGAUGCCGCGCUACUCGCCUAUCACGAGUCGCUACCGUCAGCAGAUGCACUGUGGUGCUCCGCAACCCUAGAAGCCCUUGCGGCCCUGCGGUACCUGCAAAGAGCCCCGCUACUAGAUUUCACAACGGCUGUGGAUAAUAUUUUUUCGUCGCUUGAAAGUGACGAGACAGUGUGGAAUGCGGAGAUGAGUACGACGCUGAAGCAGUUGGAGACGGUCGUGGAAAACGUGCGCGCGGAUCAGCGUAGGGCGACUUUGCUGCUUAAGCACAGUCUCCCUGCCGCGUCACUCAACCGCAGACUGCUCAAAGAGGUGGAGGAGCCUUUCUCCCUACACAUUGAAAACUUCCGGCGCCAGCUUGCCAUAAUCCGUCGUUUCUUUGAGGGAGGCAACAGGGAGACGGUGGACACGCAUGUGGAGGAUGCCGCGAGGAGUGCCCGUGGGGCGUUUAAGGAGAUCCUUCGUGCUAGCUUUGUUGAGUUGCAACUUUACCUUCAGGAGGCGCUGCAGCAGACUCGCUCCAUUAGCGGAACCCGGGCGGGUUUGCAGGAGCGUGAGGCGAGCAUCCAGCUUAAGCGGACGGAGUUGCUUGCCGAAGAGGGAGACAAACGAAGGUUCCUGGAGUCACUGACGGUUCUUAAGGCAUCGGCAGAGAACGCCCCAGCGUCGAUGCGGCAAGAACUGCAGGGGCGGAUCCCAUACCUGAGUGCCCUCUGUGGUUGUUGGCGCAAAGCCAUCUUCAACGUUGUCGAGGCUGCUGUCUCGGAGAGGCAGGCAGAUGCCCAUGGCGCCUCCAUUUCCUUAUUGAUGCGUGCCUGUAGAAUGGCCGGUAUCCCUCUUCCACUGAUGGAGUUUCAGGAUCAGGCGGCGGGGUGGAACGUGGUUGCUGCGAAUAAAUUGGACGGCUGCGAUGCCGCGAGCAGUGAGGCGGGAGAGGCGGGCGCUACGGGGCAGCGUGUCCACAAGGCCCAGGACGUACCGCUACUGAUGAAGCUGCUUGAGGCGGUGACAGAGGCUGACUUGAACAACGGCAUCCAGAGUGCCGUUGCGUCUCUUCUUCUUUUUGAGUACUACCCUAUCCUCCGUCGGGAGACACAACAGAUGCUGAUGGAGAUUCUGGAGCGCAGCACCGCGGCGAUAGAGCCGCUCGUGACAGUACCGCCUCCUCUGCUGCAAAGCAUGGAGGUACUCCCGUUACCGCCCCACCUGGCGCCAAAAACGGUCCCCCUGAGUGGCGCCCAGUUCACCUUCAUCGACACUGGACGGCUUAAGAUGACGCUGCUCACCUUGGAUGGGAAAGUCUUACCACACGGACAGGUGGUGUGGUCUGUUGGAACGGUGGGCGAGGUGCAGUUGGUUUUACGCAACCCGUUUCUUCGCGAUUUGCAAUUAACCUCCAUCGCCCUAUAUUGUCGCUCCGUGGAGUCGCUGGAUGAGCUCCGACGCGUUGGGGAUGGUACGGCGGGACAUGUGGCUGGGCCGCUUGCCCCGUCGAGUUAUCUGGUGACGGGUGUGAUUCUGCCAUCGCUGUCGCAGCGUCUUCUGCGUCUGCAGGUGCAACCGAAUAUGCGGGGCUACCUUGUGGUGGAAGGCGUGGAACUUCGUCUCGGGCAGCUGCCUCUCUGCGCCACCUUUCUGAUGCCCUCGCCAAGCCCCACUCUUAUUCCCGUCCUGCGGCAGCUGCCUGACGUCUCCUGUACGCUCGGCGUCAAUGAGGUGGAAAUUUUUGGAGGUCAGACAAUUCAUUUUCCACUCCAUUUGACGAACUCUGGUGUGGUGACUAUACAUCAGCUGCACCUCACAGCGCACGAUGAGUCGUGCCAGUUGGACACAUGCACUGGAUGCAAAGAACGCGUGAGUCCCGCGUUCCUCUACGUCACACUGGAAUCCGAUGCUUUCCAGCAGAGGGGAACUUCGCGUUACCUGGACCCUGGCGAUACACUGCAAGUGCAUGUGACGAUGGUUGCCCCGGCCGGCAUUGAUCACGUGGUGUUUGAAAACGUCGUGUUUCGCGCCAUGGUAGAGUUGUCAUACGACGCACCUGUAGCCCCAGAAGAUGUCCCCCGUGCUGUUCCUGUUUUUGCAGUCAUUCCUCGCCGUGUGCAGGAAACUUUUCUUCGAGUCUUUCAGGUCCCUAGCGUUGCCGUGACCUCGCUGGAGCUCUCACGGGAUCGGCGGUAUGUUGAAAUUACUGUAACGAACAAAAGCAAGUUACACACCAUUGAAAUUCUUUGCAGUAAACUCUUCUUCACCGCCAUCCCUGACGCAUUGAUUGUGGCAGGCGCCGAAUAUCUCAUUCCGCCCAUAGAAAUUACAAGGAUUCCGGCAGACGUACGUAAUUUUUCACUCCCGUGGGUGGUGCGGGAACUUCCAGAGUGUCGCGGUGAACUUUUUCUGGACUUUUCAAUUCUUUCAAAUGCAUUGGUGAGCAUGGAGCCCUUGGAAGAUGCCGUGGUUAGUGUUAUGCUUGCUGCGGAGGGCGAGAGUGGUGGGGUCGAUGUCAAGGAGGAGUGGCGAAGUGGGUCCGCCUUGACGAAUGAAUUCCCCCGCCGGUUUCCGGUGAUGAAGCCUGUGACGCUCCUUGUGCGUGUCAGCACGCCAUGGAGGCGGGCGGUGCCGCUUCGUGUUCGACUCUCCAUGGAAAACCACCUGGAUGCCGACGUCCUCAGCGGUCCCGUGGACACCACCAGCAUUGUCGGCGGCGGCACCAACAGAACUGCCAGUCCCAGUCGCAGUAGCGGAAGGAACGGGGAGAAGGACGGCGAGGGCAGAAGUUACGAGGAGAGCAUUGAGUUUUUCCCCUUUAAGGUGGGGGAACAUGUCUUGACCAUUACGCUUUCCGACCUCGAUGGACGUGAGAUGACGCACAUGGUGAAGCUGCAGGUGGAGCACCUGUAG